AUGAGGGCAAGAGCUGUUAGUAAAAUGAGGUGCAAAAAUGUAAAAAAGACACGUGAUAAAGAAGACCAAAGGUCCAAUAUAGUGACUGAGGGACUAGUUGAGAAAGAGGUUGUUGAAGGAAGUGUAGAAAAGAGCAAGUUAUCAAGAUGUCAUCCAAUGAAGACAAGAAAAGCAAGAAACAGGACCAUAGUCUAUGACGAUGAGGAGGAGUCAGCAGACAGUCUUGACUCUGAUUUUGCAGACCCUAACUUCAGUUGUGAUGAUAAUGAUGAUGAUGUCGAUUUUGAUGAAUGGGUGGACAAACAAACUGAAUGGGUUGGAGAUGAGGCAAAAGGAAAAGAGCUAGAGUCAACAAAUGCUGGGGUUGAAUCUUGGGAUUGGGGUGCAGAUGUUGAAUUGGAUUCAAAGGAGUAUGAUUCUGAUAAUGUGCAGCCUAAAUAUGACUCUGAUGAUGACACUCUAAUGACAAAUAGAUGGCCAGAGUUUAAUUCGGCAACUAACAUGGCAGAUCCACAGUUUGAGGUUGGGAUGAAACCCAUUAUUGGAUUGGAUGGCUGCUUCUUGAAAGGUGCAUAUGGAGAGCAAUUUUUAGCAGCAGUUGGUAUAGAUGCUGACAAUGAAACAUGGGUGAUUACGUAUGCAGUGGUUGGGUCUGAAUGCAAGGACUCAAGGGUUUGGUUUCUGGAAUUGCUGGUAAAGGAUGUAGAGAUUGUUAACCAGUUUGGAUACACUUUCAUAUCAGACAAGCAAAAAGGAUUAUUACCAGCUUUUGAGCAAGUUGUUCCUAAUAGUGAACACAGAGAUAAGCCAAUACUGACCAUGCUUGAGAUAGUUAGGUGUAAGUUGAUGAGGAGGAUACAAGGCAGAAAGGACAAAAUGAAGAAUUGGACAAAGGCAAUUUGCCCCAAGAUUUUUAAGAAGGUAGAGAUUAAUAAGUAUAUUGUGGACUUGGAUUUGAGGACCUGUUCUCGUAGAGAAUGGGAUUUGACUGGUUGGCCUUGUGUUCAUGGAGUGGCAGCUAUAAAUUACAAUGGAGGCUUGAAUUUGUGGGAUAUAACUAAUAUGCCACCAUGUGUGCCUCAUUCAUACUCCAAACAACCUAGAAGGCCAAGAAAGGCUAGAAGGAAGGAAGCAGGUGAAUGCAACAAGAAGGCCAAUAUUGUUACAAAAGUUCAAGACUCACUGAGGUGUGGCCAAUGUGGAAGAAAGGGCCACAAUAAAAGGACUUGUCAUAGGAAUCUCCCUCCAAAAACAAAAAUCAAAAAGACGACGGCUGAGGAAAACAUCUAA